CCCAUUCGUUGACAGGUAGAAGUGUCUCUACAGCACCCACAUUUUCAAUUUUGUUUCCUGGCGGACUAUGAAUCUUUUCUCCAAAUCCUUAUACCGAAUUCCUAGGUUACUGAGGAGGAACAUGAGCUCUAGCAGCAGUCGCAAUCUGUUUGAAUACACGUCGGGUCGGUUCUUAUUUAAUGAAGAACUUCGUCGGAGUGAACGAUAUGUACCAUUCGAUGUCGAUGCGCUCUUGAAUGCUAUCUGCAAUGCUGUCAGUCGAAAUGUCGAUGACCUAGCUUCAUUUUCUAAGAUCGCAGAAGGGGGAUUCAAUCGGAUUCUUCAGGCUACUUUCAAAGAUGGUUAUGCAGUGAUUGCUAGGAUACCGUAUAGAAUCACCGUUCCAGAACAUUAUGCUGUGGCUAGUGAAGCCGCGACACUUGACCUCCUUCACUCCAAAGGCAUCCCUGUCCCCAAGGUUCUCACUUAUGCCCCCAACCGUGCGAACCCUGUCGGUACAGAAUAUAUUCUGAUGGAAAAACUUGAAGGCGUGCCAUUGAGCACUCAAUGGUUUACAAUGAAUAAUAAAGCCAGGGUAAAGAUUAUGAAGCAAAUAGUCGACUUGGAAAAGCAGUUCAUGAGUAUCCGCUUCCCGGCUAGCGGGAGUUUAUAUUAUCGCAAAGACUUAACGCAAUUGCAACGUGCAAUACCCCUAGCUGUGCAAGAUAACCCGCGCGGCCCUAGCGAAAUUGUGGUUGGCCCAACAGCGCAGCAUGAAUGGUGGUACAAAGAAAGAGCACGCUUGGAAAUUGAUCGUGGCCCGUGGAUUGAUUUUCGCUCAGCCUUUGAGGCUCCUGCAAAACGUGAACUUGAAUUUUGUAAACAGUUCGGCAGAUCUCGCCUUCAUGUUGAACGAUAUUUGCGCCAGCUAUACGAGUUCAAGGAAGCACAGCCGGCAACACACAUACAACUCCUCCUGGAAUUUUUAAGGUUGACACCUCAUCUGGAAGUUCCUUCAGACCAUCGCUUCUCUCGCCCUACCCUUCGGCACCCAGAUUUUUCACCGAAUAACAUUUUAAUUAACUCCUCCAACGAUAUAUCGGGAAUUAUCGACUGGCAACAUGCUGUUGUUUUGCCACUUUGUUUAUGCGCCGGUAUACCAGAUUAUUUUCAAAAUUGGGGUGAUCCUUUGUCGGAGCGACUUGCAAAACCAGAGGUUAAUAUGCCAGACAAUUUUGAUCAGCUGAACAAGUUCGAGCAGGCGACAGUUAAAGAGUCUAUACGGAAACGCCUCGUCCAUUUCUAUUAUGCUGCGCUGACUAUGAAUCAAAUGCCAGAUCACUUUGAUGCACUGAGGGAGGAGAAUCUAAUGCUGCGUGCGAAACUAUUUAAACGUUCCAGUGCGCCAUGGGAAGGUGACUCAUUGUCCCUCGAAUAUGCUAUAUUUCAGGCUUCUACAAAUUGGCCUAUGCAUGUCGACGAUAUGGAACCUCCAAGUGCUGUUAUGUGUCCAGUGCAAUUCUCAGAAAAUGAGAUCCAACGCAUCUUGAAAGAUCAUGAUCGAGAACAAGAAAUAAUGGAAGAGCUAUCGGAAAUGAGAGAUCUGAUAGGUAUUGAUGCUCUUGGCUGGGUUCCCGAUGAUGAGCAGUUAGGACGAUCGAAGGACGUCGUACGGCAGAUUAAGGCAGGCUUAGCGGAGCACUGCAACACAAAACUAGAGCGGACUGCGUUGCAAUCUCAUUUUCCCUUCGAUGAUCAUGAUGAGGAUGGCUAGAGAGUCCAGGACAUGUAGCUCAUUGAACCAACUGUCAAUAAAUUCGUCGACACUCAACUUCCGAGCAGACCAGGUUAUCUUGCAUGAAGUGCCGUAGGGUGAAGGGUUGGGCAUCUGAGCUGAACGGGAGGAACGAAAAUGAUGCCGAUCACGUGAAGGAACUUCUUGCUGUGUAGCGUAAUAUAGAGAGGGAACAAACUAUUGUAUGAGUGCAUGAUGUUUGCCAUUUCAUGGCAUUUCCGUUGAAUACUCAACUGCUGGACCAGAGUCGAAUAAAGAGAUGAACUCAAGCAUUGAUAGAGAAAAGAAAAAGUGCAGGAAGACUGAUCCAGCGCAUCUGUAUGACGCUACAGACCGACGUAGUCGACUAAACAUGCACGC